GGCUGAAGGCUUUCAAGCUGCCUGAUCGUGCAAUGCUCUGCAAAUAUAAAUCCCCAGUCUUAAAAUCAGGCUGGCGUCUCUCCACCCAUAACCAAAAAAUGCAAGUAAGAGGCCCACAUACCUGGAGAGUCAUCGACAGCUGGAACGGACCUACCUGGGCAAGAGUUAAAUUGGCCCCGCGUCUCCCGGAAGCCAUGUGGCUGAUCCGAGUCCUAGCACUGGUCACUCUGGUGGCCGCUGUGCCUCCAGAAAGCAAGAAGGCCAGCGAGAAGAAACCAGCCUCAGGAGAGAAGAAGCUGAGCGAGAAAGCAAGCGCCCUAGCUGACCGGAGCGCCAACCUGGCCUUCAGCAUCUACCACGCGAUGGCCAAGGACAAGGACAUGGAGAAUAUCCUGGUCUCCCCCGUGGUGGUGGCCUCUUCACUCGGAGUGGUGUCCCUGGGAGGCAAGGCCACCACAGCCGCCCAGGCGAAGACCUUGCUGAGCGCGGAGAAGCUGAGCGACGAUUACCUCCACGGGGGCCUGGCGGAGCUCCUGAGUGACGUGAGCAACAGCACGGCCCGCAACGUCACCUGGAAGCUGGGCAGCCGCCUCUACGGGCCCAGCUCCAUCAGCUUCGCCGACGACUUUGUGAAGAACAGCAAGAAGCAUUACAACUACGAGCACUCCAAGAUCAACUUCCGGGACAAGAGGAGCGCUCUGAAAUCCAUCAACGAGUGGGCGUCCCAGACCACCGACGGCAAGCUGCCCGAGGUCACUAAAGACGUGGAGAAGACCGACGGGGCUUUGAUCGUCAACGCCAUGUUCUUCAAGCCCCACUGGGAUGAGCGAUUCCACCACAAGAUGGUGGACAAUCGUGGCUUCAUGGUGACCCGUUCCUACACCGUUGGCGUCCCCAUGAUGCACCGCACAGGCUUGUACAAAUACUACAGCGACGAGGCGGAAAAGCUGCAGAUUGUGGAGAUGCCGCUGGCGCAUAAGCUGUCCAGCAUGAUCUUCAUCAUGCCGAACCACGUGGAGCCCCUGGAGCGGCUGGAGAAGCUCCUGACCCGGGAGCAGAUGAAAACCUGGCUGGGCAAACUGAAGGAGAGAGCCGUGGCCAUCUCCCUGCCCAAGGUCAGCCUGGAGGUCAGCCACGACUUGCAUAAGCACCUGGCGGACUUGGGUUUAACGGAAGCCGUCGACAAGAACAAGGCGGACCUCUCCAAGAUUUCGGGCAAGAAGGACCUCUACCUCGCCAGCGUCUUCCACGCGGCCGCGCUGGAGUGGGACACGGAGGGGAACCCCUUUGACGGGGACAUCUACGGCCGGGAAGAGAUGAGGAACCCCAAGCUUUUCUACGCCGACCAUCCUUUCAUUUUCCUCAUCAAGGACAAUAAGAGCGAUUCCAUCCUCUUCAUCGGGCGGCUGGUGCGGCCGAAAGGAGACAAAAUGCGGGACGAAUUGUAGGGGGGGAGGGAAGAGAGUGUAUGUGUGUGUUCCUGUAUGUUUGUACGUGCGCAUGUGUUAGAGUUGGCUUGUUUUUUUUAAUGGGGGGGUGUGAUGGUGUGUAUCUUCUACCAAGUGGUGCUUGUAGGCUCUUAUGUCAGUAAGGCUGCAAUCCUGCGACACAGGAGUAAACCUCUCAGGACUUAUUUCUGUAAAGCCCUACAAAGAAACUUUGCAGGUUGUGAACAGUAGAGGAGAUCUUAGGCCAAGUUUAGGGGCAACGGAAAGUCUGUUCCCCCCCCAAAAAAAACCCACACAGCUCUCCCUCUGCUCUGUUUUUUAAACUUCUUUAUCUUAAGCUCUUUCUGUCUUGUGAUGCUGUUCUUGGGAUCUGUCACCACUCAGAAAAGCCUCUGUUUUUCAAAUAAUUUAAACGAGUGAGUUUGGCGCUCGUAGCCUUAGUGGUCCCGGACCAAGAUGAGGGAGGCUUUUAGUUCUUCAUAUUUGCUCCCCUGAAUGUGAAGUUAGGAGGGUCAAACCACACACAUUCAUACACAUCGGCUGCAAGGGUUGAAUUAAAUCUGUGACUUUGAAAAAUGGA